ACUGCCACAAGUUCUAAUGUGGCAAAACUUCCUGAAUUCAAGAUCCAAUUUCAUCCAAGAAGCAAUCAACCACCAAUUUAUCAGUCUUAUGAAGAGUUCUGUGUUUGCAGUGAGAAGUCCCCAUCCCCAGUUGACAAAACAUCUUGGUCCCCAUUUUGCAUGUUGGGUGACUUCAAGUUUGCAGAAAUCACACUCACUUCACUACUCAACCAGCAACAAGUCAAUGCCCUGCUGGAUCUCUUUGCUUGUGUCAUGCAGGGAGCUGCCCAAGUCAUGCUCAAGAAUGAUGCCAAACUUCACAAAGCAUGUGAUGCAGCUGCGAUGGAACUCACUCUGGUACCAUACAAAAAGGAAGAAUGUACGUUCAAAGCACAUAUUCACCCACUGUGGGAGUGGGCACUUGAUAUCUUAGAAAAUCCAUUCCUUGGUCCACACUUCACCUGGGGUGCACAGCAACUUUACAGACACAACAGCAUUGAGUAUGAACAUUUUUACAAUGAGCCCUGGACCAGAGAUUAUUGGUGGGAUAUUCAAUUGAGUCUACCAAAUAUCAAGGAUGCCAUGCCAUUUGGCCUGAUCCUUGAUGCUGACAAAUCCAACCUAUCAUCUUUCGGCACUGCCAAGAGUUACCCCAUUGUUGUGCACUGUGCAAACUUGCCAGUUGAGAUUCAGAAUAGCAAUGUCAUUGGUGGAGGUACUGUUGUCAGCUGGCUGCCUAUUGUCCCUGAAGAUGCUGAAGAAGAGGGAAAGCUAGGCUACACAACCCUCAAGCAUGUCAUUUGGCACAAAUCUUUUAAAAAGUUUCUUCUGGAGAUUGAGCAGUACUCAAAGACUAGGUACAUACAUACAUCUUCACACAACAACAUUACCCAUUGGCUCUUUCCAAGUCUUAUGAUGUUGUCUGCCAAUUUUGAAGAGAUAUGCAUGAUGGCACUCACUCAUGGUCAUGGUGGCAAAUGCCCUUGCCCUGUAUGUCUUGUACCAUCAGAGCUACUCCAUGACCUCUCUAGGACUUUUGAACCUUGUAUGCAUGCCCAGGGCAUCAAUGCAUUAUGUGUUCAUGCUAUGAAUCAAGCUGAAGGCAAUGAAUUGCUGAAGUGUGAACUAAUAUAUAAUGGGAUGCAGAAUGUGUUCUGGCUGAUUGGGUUUUCUGAUCUCCACCUCACCUGCAGCUUUGAUCAACUGCAUUAUGGGCAUGGUUUUUUGGGCAAGCAUGUCUUUGGGGACCUAAAGGUGGUUGUAAAG